CUGCAUCGAUGAGAUCAACCCCAGGUCCAAAUCAUCAAAUCAUUACGGUCUCCCUCUUCUUUAUCAUGGCCAGAGGGAGAGCACAACAGGCGCAUAUCUGCAGCAUGACACGAUAACCGCCCCUCAUCCUUGUGAUCUACCUCAGUCUUGGAUUUUGCAUUUGCACAGAUUUCAACCGUCGUUCCGUUCCGUUCCGUUUCUAGCCCCCUUCUACAAAAAAAAACGGAUCUUUUAGCACGAAUGUGACCGAUGAGAUCUACCCAAAGGAUCCAAACCAAGGCUUGACUUGUGCAACUCAUAACCAACACCGAACAACACUGUGCUCUCUUCUCCACGCUCCCACAUCAUUCCAAGCUGCGAAGCACGCACUUCCCUACCGGUACUUGGUACAUGCCGGGAUUUGGGGCGGAGGCGGACAUUUGAUAAUAGAUGACUCCAUUUUCAGUCCCGGGUACAAGCAGACAGCUGAUCGUUGGCGUCUCCAUCUCCUCGUUCCUUCUCUUUUCUACCUUGUGUUUUCCGCGACGCAAUCGCCAAGCCCACAGCUCCUCGUUGUUGUGGUGGUUCAAUACUUUACCUCCAGAAGCAUAAACCAUACUGUAAUCUUGUUUGGUUGUCUGCCAAGGUUGCUCACCUCUUUGUCCGUCACUAAAUAUAGCCUUGGCUAGACCUCACAGUUCUUGCUCCUGAUACUCAUUCUCUCCGUCUCGCAAAAGUGCAGCCAGCCAGCCAGUCAGUUUGCACCGCGCGCACGCCAUGGUUGAAAGGUGAUACCCUUAACGCCAAGCAAGUUGCUGAGUGGUCUGCCAAACCACGCAAGCAAGAUGCCCAUGUUCCAGUACCACCAGGGUGCUGCAGAUGGCCGCGCGCCUUCUCCAGACGAACAGGAAAUGGCACUACCUCAACCAGUCAGGAUCAGCGUUGCGCAACAGCUAGCGAGGAAGCUCUCCGAAGAGAGCAUACGCACUGAGCUAUGCGAGGGUCCAGUCGACAGUCCACCUGCGGCACACUCACCACAGCCUCCUGAUCAAUCCGCGACCACCUCAGAUCGUGCUGAGCUCAUCGAGCGCUUGAAACGCGGAGAGAGCCCUACUUGGGUCCCUAAUCGACGUCUCGAUUCUCUUUUUCAGCAAGAUGGCCCGCUUUCACCCACCGACGGCCGCCCUGGCUCUCGUCCGCAGCCAGACUCUCACGCGACCCUGUUACCAUCAGCCCCAAUCACCAGCGACCAAUAUAGCCCCCCGAACUCGCCGACAGAUGCUGCGAAGGAGCGGCAGCAGGAUGGGUUGAAUAUGGAGAGACCGAGAUCCGCUUUACACAGCGGUGACUUCACUCAGGAUAAUGGUAGAUCGGCUGGGAGCCCGAUUCCAACAAAAGGUCUGUUUCGGGAACGCCAGCAGUCUGUCUGGGACGGGCGGUGGGUUGGGGAGUCCACACCACAACCUCUUAGUCUGGCAACAUCGCCGCCGCGUCGUUCGGGUGCCAUUGACAUUGGAAUCCGUACGCCACUGGCCAAGCCUUCAGAUACGUACAGCCCAAUACGGGAACCGUCUGCGAGUCGUGGAUCCGGUAUCAACUCCUUGUCAUCUUCAUUUACCUCUAGCUUUGCCUAUAGGCACCCAACAAGCCCUCUCGUUCAGUCUGAGAGCAACGAAGAUUUGGAUUUUGGGCUGCCCCUAAGUAACAUCGAUCUGGGUCCUAGUAGAACCCCUCGCCGUCAUACCCUGUCAGCUCGUGAUUACUCUUCGCCCUCUGUACCGCCAUAUCAUUUCAGUUCUCGUCGCGAGACAAUACCUCCGUAUCAGGCCCAUCAGCCACGACGAUCUUUGGUGUCGACUCCAACCUGGCAAGCGACUACGUCUGCGGACGCAUCGCCUGGGUCUCCCACCAAUAUUCUAAGGUCCCGACAGCAGUCUUUUGGCUCCGACACCUCGCCUUUGCACCAUGCAUCGAUGGUAGGGUCCUACGAGGAGAGUAUUCUACGCGGACGCAUGUCGACGACUCCCUCCAAGCCCCUUGACUUUGUGGCUCAGAUAGGUGUUCUCGGUAUCGGCGAGUGCAAAUCGAGCCUCCGCUGUCCUCCACAUGUAACCUUGCCUUUCUCUGCCGUGUUCUAUAGUUACUCUAGUACUUCUCAUGGCCGCUCCGCCACUGAGGACGGACCAAGCCCAUACGUGGGCAUGAUUGAUCUUGAGAAUGGCCUCAAAGAUCAGAGCGGGGACGACCGCGCCAAGCGCAAGGCGCAAUCCCGUAAUAUAGCGCGACGUGCUCGACAAGAAGCCGCCGAAGACGUCAGUAUGGUUGGCAAUUCGCCUGAGGAGAUGACACAAGACAGUCCGUCCAAUCGACCUGGUACGGACUCUCGCAAAACUGCAAAGUCGAAACGUCAGCCAAGCUCCCCAAGGGCACCCCCAGGAGGCUCGUAUCGCAUUCCCCCAAAAGGUCAACUGCAAAUUGUGAUCAAAAAUCAGAACAAGACGGCCGUGAAGCUGUUCCUCGUGCCAUAUGACUUGAACGGAAUGGAACCAGGCACAAAGACUUUUAUCCGGCAGCGUGUGUUCUCCAAAGCCACAACCAAAACUAGCACCGAUGCCGCGACCUGUACAAGCUCCGAGGUAAACAAUAACAACAGCAGCACCACAGCACAGGGUGUGCAACAACCCUUGGCGGAAACACGACCAAUACUCCGCUAUCUGAUCCAUCUACACAUAUGCUGCCCGUCAAAGGGCCGUUACUAUCUUUACAAGAGUGUUCGGGUUGUCUUCGCCAACCGUGUCCCUGACGGCAAGGAGAAGCUCCAAAACGAGAUAACGCUGCCCGAGCCCCGUUUCAGCGCAUACAAGUCUGUCCGCGUCAUGCAGCCCACGCUUCAGAGCAACCCGGCCUCGAUAAACACAAGUGGUCCAGGAGCCCUCUUAGCAGCGGAAAAGGCAUUCAGGCGGCGCAGUGCUGGGUACAUGUUUGGUGGUGUCGCAGGGCAUAUUCAGACAGGUGGCUCAAGGUUCGAUGGCUUCUUGGACGGCAUAUCACGGUCCUUUGGUGCUGGCGGUCCGGUGGCCCUUCCGAGCGACGUGGUUGAAGCCCAGAACACGCCCGUCGAGCCCAGUGAUUCACCAGCUCCAAGGACGAGACUGGAGAGCAACACCAGCGAGGGUGCGGAUUCGGUGUCAGAUGGGCGCGCUGGAUCGUCGUCGUCCCAUGUGGACACACCGCCACAAUGUGUUACGCUUCGGAAUUCAAGCUUGGGGCGACAUGAUCAAACUGACACAGAGAUCGAUUUGCUUACCCUGACGCAGUACAACAAGCUGAACAAGGGGGACGUGGGCUAUGGUGGCAACGCCUUCCUGAUGCAAGUUUCAGAUGGCCAGUCGACUGCUAGGGGUGCUGCCGAAGGCCUGUUGUCCCAACGCCUCCGGUCAUUGGGCGUUCAGGAAUAUGAGAAUGCAGGGGGAGGCGGCCAACAGCGAUACCUCUAGGCCGCCGUCUCAGCUUCAUGGUCCCCUUUCUUGGCUUUGUAAAUACUUUGGAGUAUCGGCGUUGGGAUAAACUACUGGAUUUUGCUUGAUAGACUACGUAGCGAGAAUAGACCACUACUGUUAUACUUCAAUACCAACUCCGCGCUGAAACUCGUGCAGCCUCUGCUCCGCAAAAAGUACCCUGGCUGAGGAACCUG